AUGAAUUACCUCCGCCACCCACACCCACCGACCACCCGUCACUACCACCACCACUUGCAACCACCCAACCACCUAUCACCACCCAUCACCACACACCACCACCAUGAAUCACCACCAGCCCGCCUCUACCACCCGCCGCCACCACCCCCACCCCAACACACAACACUACCGCCAACCACCACCCAUCAAUACCACCACUAUCCAUCACCACCACCUACCUCCACCACCCAUUACCACUGGUCGUCACCACGCCCACCACCCAUCACCCAACAAAACCACCACCACUACCACUCACCACCACAACCCACCACCAUCACCUAUCACCACCACCCAAUGCCUAUAGCCACUAACAUUGGAUCUGAUUGA